AUGGAGGUAAGAAGAGGACGUCCGCCGAAAGAGAAGAAGGGUCUCUUCGCUAAAGACUUAAGGUUGUUGAUGUAUGGCUUUGGAGAUGUAGUUAAUCCAGCGCCUGACACUGUAAAUGUCCUCGAAGAAAUGGUUAUUGACUAUAUUACAGAUAUGUGUCUGAAAGCGGCGCAAUCUGCUGAUAAUAAGGUAAAAGUAAAGGUGGAUGAUUUCAAAUUUAUCCUUCGUCAUGAUACAAAAAAACUUGCUCGUGUGGAAGAAUUGCUGUAUAUGAGCGAGGAUAUCAAGCGGGCCAGACAGUCGUUUGAUGUUAAUGAAGUAGAAAGACCGUUGAAAAAGAAUGACGUGGAAGAUUCGUGA